CACGUCUAGCCUCCUUUGCCGCCAUCUUUGUUGAGGGCGGAUAAGUUGUAAGCCAGGACGGUUUUGCGUACUGUUCCACUUUCUCCUCCACGCUUCACGUUCAGAAUCUAUUCUGGAAAAGAAAUAGAAAGAGUCUCAGACGAAAAGUAAACUUUAUGUAAAGUCUACAGUGUCGCGCUGCUGACGUCACGACCAGCGUCUCUGCUGUCUUAGUCGUAGCUUGAGAGGUGGCUACCUCCGAAGUGUGCCUUGUGUGUUGCUGUGUAAAUGCUGAGGAUAUGCGGUCUUGGUGUGGUGCUGAGCCUCGCUGUGGCGGCGGCGGCUGUCUUGGCCGUGUGGUUGAUGGAUUGGUGGGGUUCCCACCCCAGUAUUCGCCUCUUCGUACCCGAGGAGCUAGCCCGCUAUCGCGGCGGCCCAGGGGACCCGGGUCUGUACUUGGCACUGCUCGGCCGCGUCUACGACGUGUCCUCUGGCCGGAAGCACUACGAGCCUGGGGCGCACUAUAGCGGCUUCGCAGGCCGGGAUGCAUCCAGAGCAUUUGUGACAGGAGACUAUUCUGAAGCCGGCCUCGUGGAUGAUGUAAAUGGCUUGUCCUCCUCUGAGAUACUGACGUUGCACAAUUGGCUUUCAUUCUACGAGAAAAAUUAUGUAUUUGUCGGAAGACUGAUUGGAAGGUUCUACAGAAAGGAUGGGCUGCCCACUUCAGAACUAACCCAAGUAGAAGCCAUGGUGACUAAAGGCAUGGAGGCAAAUGAACAGGAGCAGAGAGAAAAGCAGAGGUUCCCUCCGUGCAAUGCUGAGUGGAGCUCCGCUAAGGGCAGCAGGCUCUGGUGCUCCCAGAAGAGUGGAGGUGUGCACAGAGACUGGAUUGGUGUCCCCAGGAAGUUGUAUAAGCCAGGGGCCAAGGAGCCCCAUUGUGUUUGUGUGAGAACAACUGGCCCUCCUAGCGACCAACAAGACAACCCUAGACACUCAAAUCGUGGGGACUUGGAUAACCCCAACUUGGAAGAAUACACAGGCUGCCCACCACUGGCUGUCACAUGUUCCUUCCCACUCUAAGAUGGUGGUCUGUAUGUUGCUGAGACGUAGAGAACCUUCCCUAGAUCUACAGAAAGCUCUUAUGCCCUAGGAUGGCUCCUGGCCUGAAAUAGGAGUGCCAAGGACUCCAGCCACACUCUGCAAACAUGGGUCACAAUUCUACUGGCUGAGACAAGAGCCAGAAAGCCUACCUCGGAUGGUCAGCUUGUUUUGACACCGUUUGGAACCUCUGUCCCCCGCCAUCUUCCUUCAGAGCCUGCAGACAUUAAUGAACACAAUGACAUCGAUAGAACUACUUCGGUAAGAAGUCUGAGAGCUCCAGCAGGGCACUCCCCUAGACUGAGUGCUGCCUGAGUCAGGCGUGGGCUCUGCCAUCCUGCCAGCCCUGCUGGUACUUAGAGCAGUAGCAAAACAGGACUGUGGCUCUCAGUGGAAAAAUCAGGCAUUUCCCAAGAAGAUUCUGCACUUUAGUAAAAUCAAGGUAACUGUUUUAAGACGCAGGGUAAUUGACUAAGCUCAUAAUUUCUGAUAUUGGUGGUAUUUCUAAAACCUCUACUCCAAGGCAAACUUGAAUGUACUGACUCCAUGAGAGCUGAGAUGGUACAGUGAGAUGAGAUAAUGAACUGGAAUAGCAGAGUCUGCGGUUUGACUUACACAAAUGAAGCACACCAUAAUCCCCUGCCCCGGUGUGCAUGAAACAUUUCUCUUUACUCAUACUGCUAGUGAAAAGUUGCCCUCCACUCCUAGUCUCUAUUACUGACACACAUUUUAAGAGGCUUUGCUCCAGGUUUCUCAUACCCUCAAUGCGGAAUUCCUCUCUGCUGCACAACAGUAGCACUUCUUAUCUGUCUUUCUGGUUGUUUUCAUUUUCCAGACAGGUAAACUGGGCUGGCCUGGAACUCACAGAAAUCCUCCUGUCUCUGCUUCCCAAGAAUUGGGGUCAAAGGCAUGCACCGCUAUAUCCUACUAGUUCUUACCUUUUUUUUUUUUUUUUUUUUUAAGAUUUAUUUCUUUAUUUUGUGUGUGAGUACACUGUCACUGUCUUCAGACACACCAGGAGAGGGCAUCAGAUCCCAUUACAGAUGGUUGUGAGCCACCAUGUGGUUGCUAGGAAUUGAACUCAGGACCUCUGGAAGAGCAGCCAGUGCUCUUAACCACUGAGCCAUCUCUCCAGCCCAAUUCUUACCUAUCUUGAUCUCUGCUACUUUAAACAAAAUUACUUGACUUUUUGAGACAGGAUCUCAUGUUUCCAGGUCAGCCUUGAACUCAAUGUGUAGGCAUAUGCGACCUUGGCCAGUUUAUUCGGUACCAUGCCCAGGGAUUGAAUGGACCAGAGCUGUAUAUAUGCUAGGCAAGCAUUUUACCAACUGAGCUAUAUCCCUAGGCCCUUGAUCUUUAUCACUCUUGACUCUUUGGCCGUGAUGUCCUGUAAGGUCCCCAUAAAGCCCUCACUUGCUGCCCUGGUCUUACCCCCCAGUUGUUCCUUCUGGGUCUCUGAAAGCUUCAUCCCUAAGAACCCCUUCUCUCUGGUGUUGCUUUCUCCUACUUGAGGCAGGACACUCUGAGGUCGUAUCUCCAGUCAACGAACUUGGUAAUAAAGAUGUCUGGGAGCUCUGUCUGCAGGCAC